CGUAUGAAUAUCGAAGCACUAAACAAAGAAUUACAAGAAAAAGCCGAACAAGGAGCCGUUAAGCCUUCGGACUUUAAGCAAAAAACGGGAACCAUCCCCACUCCCCCUCCUACUCCUCCUUCACCCAAAGAAAAAACCCCGAAAAAGGACAAGGAAAACGGCAACAAAAAAAAUGCUACUGUCUCGGCGGUUGUUAGUUAUCGGGUAGAAAAUAUUGAAGGUGCGAUUAAAGACUUUGACAAAGAUUUAGCAAUAUUCAAAGAUAGAGUUUUGGAAGAAUUUAAGCAAACCGAAAAAACUUCGCUCUGA